AUGCAGCGAACGUUAGCUGAGUUUGGAUUAACGGCUGCUGAUUUUGGUACGCACUCCGCGCGUAAAGGUGCUGCUACCUAUGUUAGUAGCUGCUCUACUUCGGGUCCGUCAGCAGCGGCUAUUUGCCUUCGGGCUGGUUGGACUCUUCCAGGUGUCCAGGACAAGUAUGUUCGGUUUGAAGCCGCUGGUGACAUGGUGGUCGGUCGGUAUGUUGCGGGCCUUCCAUUUGAUUCUCCAAAAUUUGCAGCGUUACCUCCAUUUUUC